AUGUUUCCUGGCUUGAUUUAUACAGACUCUCUCGGGCAUCAUUAUACUCAUAGUUACCAUAUUGUGCCAACAAAGAAUCAGGAAUUACGUCACGUCAUUUACAUUCGGAAUAAAAUAGCAAUUGUAAAUAAUUUAAUAAUGGAAAUUUUAUUUAAAUUAAUAAUAAUAUUAGUAAUAAAUUUUGCUGCUGGAAAUAAAGAAGAUAAAAAUUGUUGUGGGAAAAAUUUAAACCGUCCAGAGUGUGACAGUUCUAAAAAUGACAACAAAUAUUGUUCGAGUGAAUUUAAUCACUCAGAAGAUUAUGAUAAGGACAUUAGUGACAAUUUAUUAUCAAUAGUACGGCAAAGUGUGCCCAAUGAAAUGGUAAAGAUAAAAACCGGAGUUUAUUUUAUUGGUACCGAUAAGCCGGUGUUUACCCAAGACGGUGAAGGCCCAAAAAGGCCGGUAGAAUUAAAUAGUUUUUUUAUUGACAAGUAUGAGGUCAGUAAUAAAAACUUUGGAAUUUUUGUCAACGCUACUGGGUACAGAACCGAAGCAGAAAAAUUUGGCAAUUCUUUUGUAUUUGACGGGCUGAUUAGUGAAAAAGUUAAGUCGAAAAUUGAGGAGGCUGUCGCUCAGGCGCCUUGGUGGUUGCCUGUUGAUAAAGCAUCAUGGAGACAUCCUGAAGGGCCUGAUUCUAAUAUCACUUACAGGAUGGACCAUCCAGUAAUUCAUGUAUCGUGGAACGAUGCUGUUGCGUACUGCACAUGGUUAGGAAAAAGACUGCCCACUGAAGCAGAAUGGGAAGUCACAAUUAAUAUAUGGCAAGGUGAAUUCCCAAAUAAAAAUACCGCUGAAGAUGGUUACAACGGCACAGCACCGGUAACUGAAUUUCCACCAAAUGGAUACGGUGUUUACAAUAUUGCUGGUAAUGUUUGGGAAUGGACAUCCGAUUGGUGGUCUGUAAAACAUACCAAAGAUAAAACUCAUAAUCCUACGGGACCAGCAACGGGAAGUGACAAAGUUAAGAAAGGGGGUUCAUAUCUUUGUCACGAAAAUUAUUGCUUCAGGUAUAGAUGCAUGGCUCGUCAUCAAAACACACCAGAUACAUCGGCUGGUAAUCUUGGAUUCAGGUGUGCAAAGGAUGAUGUUUAA